AUGGUUGGUGAGUUGAGUUUGAGUUUGAGUUUGAUGAAUCAGCAUGGUUUGGUAGAAGAAAUGUUGGGGGUCAAUACUUUGCACGCACUCGUUACAUGCCCUGCUGCUAAGAGAUGCUGGGACCGAGUAGGAAUAGGCACUGCAGUACAACAAGAAGAUACUUUUCUGGUUUGGUGCAUUAACAGUUUUCAGCAGCUGGACAAAGAAAAAAGAGAGCUGCUGGUGGCUUUGAGUUGGUCGAUUUGGAACGCGAGAAAUGAUAAGGUGUGGCAAAAUAAAAUAGUCGGUGUCGAUAACAUUGUUACGUCAGCAAAAACCUUCCUUAACCAAUGGAAAAACGCACAAGAUUCAGUCAUUGAGACUACAUUUUCGGGUUCUUUAGCCGAAGAUGCUGCUGUGUGUUGGGUGCCUCCAUAUGAUAAUAGUGUUAAGAUAAAUGUUGACGCGGCUAUGUUUAACGAAAACCGACAAUUUGGAGUUGGUCUAGUUGCUAGAGAUACACAAGGACUACUAAUUGAAGGCUGCACUAAACUGUUCCAAGGCCAAGCUUCUGCUGCUACAGCCGAAGCCAUGGGAAUCCGUGAGGCCCUGAGCUGGAUCAAGAAGAAACGUUGGACAAAUGUGUGUAUCGAGACAGACUGUUUACAAGUGAUUCAAGCCUUACGAAGCACAAUUGAGAUGAGAUCCAUGUUUGGUCAAGUGGUGAAUGUUUGUAAGGACAUGCUUAAGUUUUUAAAUGAUGUUAGUAUUUACUUUGUAAGACGAUCAGCUAAUAUGGUUGCUCAUAGCUUUGCCCGAGCCUCUAUAUUCUACCCUGAUUGCACUUUCAGUUUGGAGUCUGUUCCAACUGAUUUGUUACCUACUUUGGUAGCAGAGAUGGUUAUUUAA